AUACUGCUCGACGACAAAGAAGCUCCCCUCAACACCACGAGCCCGACUCCGCCAGCUCGACCUGCGCUCGCGGCUUCUUCCAACACCCACCCCGGCGCGCCACCUGCCACCCACACGGCUGCCCACCGGUACAACGUUGGCGGCUUUCGGGGCCUUGUGGCGGCGAGACUGGGUGGCCCAGGUUCCCGGUUGCUGAGCUCCCUGUCCGCCCUGGCGAUUUGCAGCAGUGGCUGCAUUGAGCAUCGUCGUCCAGCAGCACCUCGCGACAGUGACAUCGACAUUCUCGGGACAGCGCCCCCGGCAGCAGCACGCCCGGCAGCAUGAAGAGAAAACGCCAGCCCGUCGCGAGUCCCGCGCCCUCGAGCCAAUCUGCCCUCGCCACACCUCAGAGCGUCGUCCACCCCGUGCUACAGCGCCUCUACCCUCAAUUGCAUACCCUGCGCCAGUACCUGCUGUCAUGGCUGCCUGCGUCGUCCAAGAAGCGUCGUCGCCGCAUAGAGCAGCUGGGGCUGUCCCCAGACGCCACUGCGAGCCCUGGGGAAGAUGCAGCACUAGGACUUCUCCUUGACACGACCCUGAUCGGCCUCCCCAAGGCUGACCAGUCUGAAGCCGACAAAGAUGCACUUGCUCGGGACAUGGAGAGCUUCUCGCAGCAGCUGCCCGAGUCCACCUUGUUCCUCAGCUCCAAUCCCGGCCACUUUCUGCAGCCAGAGACUGUCGACUUCGUGAUAUGGCUGCUUUUCAAGAGACACCCCUCCUCCCAUCGGCCACCUCAUCUGCUCUGCUAUGCGUUCCAGCGUGCAUCCGUCCAGGGCCAGAAUGGCCUCGCACUCGGAGCUGCUCCCGGCAUACCAGGCAUUCUGUCUCAUGCCCCCAACACCUAUGUGGACACCGUCAAAGGGCCACUUUGGUGCAAGCUGCACUCUCACCUUGGACAGGGAGGAGAUCGUAUCAUGAUAGACCUCCUUCUAGACUGCGGCAUCUUUCGUCCGCUCCAAGGCCAGAACGGAAACUACGUCCAGAUCAGUGGCUUUCCGGUGUCAGAGCUGAAACCGAAUCGAGCAUCAAAAACAGGUCCACACACUAUUGCUGCGAAGGAUCCCAAGCUUUUGCCGAUACGCGGUCCACUUCCAAAACUCGAAGCUAGAACGCCAGCCUCCAUCAAAUUCGUCCGUAGUCGGAUGCUGUAUGCGAGAGCGGCGCUCAAUGCUAAGGGUGGAGUGCGCUUUGGCAUGCGUCACAUUCAUGUUCUGAACCGUUUCUCGGACAGAAAUGACCCUCAGCAGACGAUACAGAUAAUGAGAUAUAUAUUCCCGCGUCAAUUCGGACUGCAUAACGUGUUCACGUCAACGGUAGAUUACCGAGACACAGCUUUACCAUUCAAGGACUACACCCUCCGCGAAAAAGAAAUCCAGCAGCAGUUUUACCGUGAGUCGUUGAAGCACAAGAGCGCAGAUGCUAGCAUAGAAGGCUUCAAGUCGCAUGUGCCAAAAAGACUAAGGGGUGAAGCGACAACCCUGGUCAAUAAACUCCGGAAGCUGAAUCAGAAAUGCUCAUAUUCGGAGCUACUGCGCCACUAUUGCCCGGUCGAGGUAAAUAUACCGGAUUCCCAACUGAGGCUAAAUUUGACUGGUAUAGGGUCUCGAUUUAUCCCCGAAGCCGGAAUGGAGAAACAACCCACUUCAGCCUGGUUUGAGCAGGGACUUGGCUGAAGAUACAGCGCAAUGCGAUAGGGAAGUCAACCUACCCCAUCUUGCUCACCGGCAAGUCGAGGAAACGUGCUUUACGGACCUAGCGUGUCCAGCAGCCCAUGUCUCAGCAUUCUGUCGCGCAACGAUAUCGAAUGUUGUGCCCAAUGGCUUUUGGGGUGGCGACCACAACAGACGAAUGAUCAUGAAGUCUGUGGAUCAGUUUAUUCAGCUAAGGAAGUUUGAGAGUCUUACCUUGCACCAGGUGACUCAGGGGCUCCAGGUAUUCUUCCGAUGAUCGUUAUAUAAAUAUUUCACACUGAUUAGUUGCUAGAUUACUGACGCUGCAUGGCUUAAAUCACUAGGCCAGCUAUCUAAUGAAAAAUUGUCUAGGUCCGAUUCACUAAAACGACAAGAAGUCUUUUUAGAGUUCAUCUACUACGUGUUUGACUCGUUCCUGA